GAGCAGGAGCAGACGGCCUCCACACUCAGGACCUUGAGAUGAUGGGGUUGGACCAGAACUAGGGUGGGACCAGUCAGGGGCUGUCUCUUUUUCAAGCUAAAAGGGAUGUACAUGCAGGUAACCUUGUCUGGUUCAAAGCUGAGCUCCCGUGACCCUCUUUCCCUUGUCUGUUGUGAGUUUAGGAGGCCACUGAGGCAGAGCCAGAGGCUAAGGGGGACUGCAGGCUGGCUAUUCCUGGAAAGGAAGUGGGAUCUUUCCUGUGUUUAGAAGGACACAUGGAAAGUCAGCUAUUGGGAAGUCCAUCUCCACCUGUGGCUAAGAAGCGUGAGAAGAAGCCCAACAUCACUGCCUUCCCUCCUAAGCUGGUGGUGGAGCAGUUGACCGUGAUGGAUGCGAUUGUAGAGGUGGACACUAACAGGACCUGCUGCACAGAGUGGCUGUGCCGGCUCCAUGAGGAGCUCUUCCGGAAGGUGGUGCCCUCUCAGUGCCUGGGCUCCACCUGGGGCAAGAGGAACAAGCCCGGCCAUGAGCACCUGGGACACACUGUCCGGGCCACCAUCGACCACUUCAGAAGGGUGGCUAGCCUCGUCAUCACCACCUGCCUCGGGGACCCGAGCAUGACAGCCCAGGACAGGGCGAGGGUGGUGGAGCGCUGGAUCCAGGUGGCCCAGGAGUGCAAGAUCCUGAAGAACUUCUCCUCGCCCCGCAUUGUCACCUCUGCUCUGCAGAAAACCUCCAUAUGCCACCUGAAGAACACACAGGGGAAGUUUCCUGGAGGGGCCCUCCACGUUUGCCCCCCGGAGAUCAUCCCCCAGAGAGUGCAGGAGAAGCAGCAGCAGCAGCAGCAGCAGCAGGAAUACCGAGUCAUGAGGGAGAUCCUGCUGCUCCAGGUGGCUUCAAAGAAUUACAACCUAGAACCCGAGGAUCGAUUUGGGGCCUGGUUCCAGGACAUGAAGCUGCUCAACGAGAGUGAAAGCUACAGCCUGUCCUGCCAGCUGGACCCCCAGGCCUAGUUGGCCUGCAGAAUACUCAAGGCUCAGAAGAACCAGCCACCAUCAAGCCCCCAGGCCCCAACACCGAGCCCCGUACCAGUGGCCGAUCACAGCCCCAUCCUCAUCAGCAUGGACACAGCUGGGACGCUUGCGAUGCACCGGGCCAGCUCCUCCCA